UGAUACAUUGUAGUUUUAAAUACAUUUUAGGGGGCAGUGCUUAGGAAUGGAGACCAAGCACCUGGGUGACAACUUUAAACAAAGCAUGCAAAUGAGAAAGACAGACCCAAUCAACAACACUCGAUUGCAUUGAUAAUCCAAUCAGUCUAACGAUUCAUGUCUGGGCCAGGGCUCCGAAAGCCAUUUGCAGAACAAAAGAUUCGAGUCUGGCUCAUUUGGCUCAUUUCACUUACAAUAGGAGAACAGGAACUGGCAGGGACCUCUUGCAUCUGAUGUAGUGAUCUGACUCAUGUCACCAUUUUUCACCUUAAAUGCUAAAUACAAGAGGUGCGCGCUCCCUCCCCGACUCACACCCCAGACAUGGAGGAACUCCUAAAACACCUCACUGAGGUCAGCAUCCGCCAACAACAAAUCGCCGAACAUCUCGCCACUCGGCAGGGCCAGACGGAGCAGGAGCUUGCGACCCUCCGAGCCGCUUACCCACCGGCGCCACCACCAGAUGCCCGUGUGCAAGCCGUGAGGCUGCCUCCGAAGAUGACUCCGCACGACGAUGUCGAAGCGUAUCUCCAGACGUUCGAGACGACCGCGACUCUGGAAGGUUGGCCGCCCGUGGACUGGGCCCGGGCGCUGGCACCUCUUUUAACCGGAGAAGCUCAACGAGCCUAUUUCAGCCUCCCCGCGUCUACCGCCGACCAGUAUGAAGAGGUCAGACGCAAAAUCCUAGCCCGGUUGGGCCUUUCAGCCGUCUGUGCAGCGCAACAUUUCCAUGAGUGGGAAUACAAAGCCCGACUGCCAGCCCGGGCCCAGGUCGCCGAACUGACACGACUAGCGCGCCACUGGCUGCUGGAAGAGGCCCCCACAGCGACGCAGGUGAUGGAGCGCGUCGUCAUUGACCGGUUCCUCCGGGCCCUUCCUCGUUCACACAGACAGGCAGUCGGCAUGAGGAACCCGACCUCAACUUUGGAGCUGGUCGAAGCAGUAGAGCUGGCGGAUGCUGCCCAACAGCGAGAGGCCGGGGAGAGAGUGCCACCGUUCCCCCGGAGGGUGGGCCAGGAACGACGCGCCGGAGGGCACCCGCGACACCGAGUAGGCCGGCGGCCCCUCCGCCGAGACGAGCCCAUGCCCACAGAGCCUCCCACACCCCCCGCUUGGACCUGGCUGGCAGGCUGUAUCGUACACCGGGACCUUCCCGAUGGGGCACCCGAGGCCAAGGUGAAGGUAAAUGGAAGGCCAUUCCGGGCCCUACUAGACUCAGGGAGCGCCGUAAGUCUAGUCCAGACGCACGUCUUGGCUCCUCGCACCGAGUGCAAAACGUCUCUGCCCAUAACUUGCGUCCACGGCGACACCCGACAGGUCCCCACCCGCCGUGUGACCAUCUCCACUGCUUUGGGCUCCUGGCCCGUUGAAGUGGGCAUAAUGAAGGAUCUCCCCAUACCCGUCCUGAUCGGCCGGGACUUGACCGUCUCCUGGCGACCCUCACUCAGCCUGCCAGCCCGGGAGGGGGCCGCCGAAGGCAACCGGCCCCAAAAAUGCCACGACGACGGCCCGUCCUUUUGA